AUGGAGAUGAUGCUUCUUUCUUUCGUUGGACUUGCUGUUCAGUCGCUUUGGGUUGAACAAGGGACAUGUGUGGUUUGGACAAAAGGGUCUUACUCUGAAAGAAACCAGACAAAUGGAGUUUUUGUCGCAGGGAUGUCCACAUGGACCCUGAAGUCUAGCCGGAUCCAAGAAAAAUUUGAUCCUUGUAGAUGGGAUAAGGGGUUUAUACCAAAAGCUGGUGCCUUCCUUCCUUUUGGUGCUGGAGGCCAUGGUGAAAAGGAGCAACACAGAGUGUCAAGUGAUGUACUUGCCUCACACUAG